AUGAAGCCAGUAAUAGUUGUGCAUGGCGGUGCAUGAGCCAUCCCGGAUGAUAUGGCUAAGGCAUCAGUGGAUGGGGUGAAGUCUACAGCUACUGCAGGCUUUCUGGCUAUGAAGAGAGGAGGCAGUGCAUUGGAUGCUGUUGAGCUGUCUGUUAGGGCCUUAGAAGAUAACCCAACCUUUGAUGCAGGUCAUGGAGCAGUACUGAAUAAUAAUGGAGAAGUGGAGCUGGACUCCAUCAUUAUGGAUGGAAGGACUCUAGCUGCUGGAGCUGUGUCUUCGGUGAAGAACAUCGCCAACCCUGUGUCACUGGCCCGCGCUGUGAUGGAAAAGACCGACCACAUCAUGUUGACAGACAGAGGUGCAAACAUGUUUGCUGAAAGCGUUGGCAUACCUGCAGUCCCUACAAAUGCCCUGGUGACAGAAUGUGAGAGAACGGAGAGGGAGAAGGCCAAGAAUUAUGCUGUUGAAGUGAAGGAGCUCUUCAACUCUCAAUGGGGCCACGAUACUGUUGGAGCUGUUGCUGUAGACUGUUCUGGUAAUGUUGCAUGUGCAACUUCCACUGGAGGAAUAAGAAACAAAAUGGUGGGCAGAGUAUGAGAUCAUAGUUUUAUUUGACCUUACCUUGUCUCUGGUAAAUAAGGGUCUGGUGGGUAUGCAGACAACCUGAGUUGGGCAGUAUCCUGUACUUGCCAUGGAGAGUCCAUCCUGAAAGUCACCCUAGCCAGACUCAUCCUCUUCCACGUAGAGCAAGGUAAACGUGCUCCUGAGGCUGUAGAGGUCUCUUUGCGUUACAUGGGUGAUCGGGUACAGGGAGGAGUAGCUAUAUUAGUUUCCCGGACAGGGGAGUGGGCAGCCAAGUUCACCACAGAGCGAAUGGCCUGGGAAGCAGUGGAGAGAGAGGUUCUGUGGUAUGGUUUGAACCCAAAAGAAGAGUUCAAAGAGACACUAAGACAAUAA